AUGCUUAUCGACUCGGGCUGCAACACGUGUAGCUCGCUGACGCACCAUGCGCGGCGGUUCGACCUGGCGCCCAGCGGGCCAUGCGACUGCCACGUGCAGGACAUUGCCUGCCUGGGAUGCGGCAACGUGGUCGGCUACUACAUCCACCGCCCAUGCUUCCGCUGUCUG